AUGGACGUUGUAGGCAAGCAGCUGAUGAAGGCGCAGGCCAAGUCGAUCAAGACUGACCUGUUUGGGGACGAUGAUCGCACCCCAGACUCAAAGUCAUCGCGAGAGGCCGUGAAGAAGGAGAAGGAGCGCCGCAAGCACGAAGAACAGGCCCGUGCUGAACGCCAAGCACAGCGACGGUCGGUGGACCGACAGCGUCAGCAAGGACUAUUGAAAGUUCAGGCAUCGCCCCAAGGGACCAGGCCAGAAGAAGGACGCGACAAGGCGCUCAAGCUGAUGACAAGAGCAGGACGCAAGGACUGACAAGUCCAAACAAAAGGAUGCCCCAAAACAAGACACUGCGUCUGUCUUGAUCGUGCGCGCACGGCUGUUUGCAUGGUCUUCCUUCCUUCCGACCUCUAUCCUCUCCACCUGCUGUCAUGUUACAAUGACACAAAUGCUGUUAUUUCCUGUCUCCUUACUUUCUUUGCGCCCACCCGCACAUGGCGCUGUUGCUUGAAGACCAUAAUGGCUGCUUGCUUCUUGAAGAAGCGGCGAUAUCAAAUCAGCACGCUUCAUGGUUGUGUUGUAUAUUCUUUUUCCUUCUUGCAGGUGCAAGCCCCUCAUGACUAGUCGAGUGAACCGAAAACAAACGAAAGGAAAGGCA